CGCAACCUUAAUCGUCUUCGCGAUCAUUGUCUCUUAUCUUGCAUCGCGCCUCCAGAAAAUUUUGGGUAAUUAUAGGAGACAGGAGCAUCAGAAAGAAUUCGUAAGGAUGCGAUAUCCAACUGGACACCAGCCCCACUGUCCAGCAUCAGUUGGACUGGUCACCGGUCACCAGGGACCUCUCAACCGAUCCAAGACCGGGUCACCUGUUACCUAACGCCUCGGAUGGAGUGCCAACAAAGCUAAAAUCUUGUCAGGAUCUCUGAUACUCGCUUCUUCUCCAGUUUUGUUUUGGUUUCGCACCUUUCUGUCCGUUUCCGCCUGAAACCAACUAAAUCAGAGAAUAUAGGACGGAAAACAAGUCCUCAAACCAAUCAAAUCUGGAAGUGGAGUCGUCACCCGUCGCCAGCGGCCAACCUACAGUCGACAUGGUACAUCCGUCGCAGAUCAUGGUUCGAAACUCUCGGAGUCUGUUCUCGAUUCGGGGCCCGCUAGAAACCUGAGAAGUUGGUCCACCGCUUUCUGGAGCGACAAUCAACGCCUGACUGAGCGGGCCGGCAGUAUAGCACAUGAAGGAGGAGUAGGCCCAUAUCCUUAGCGGGUGCGGUUUUCGGUAUCACCAGCCAGCUGCGCCUCUCGUCGAAGGACCAACGACUACUAAAAUCACCAUCUAGUAGCGAAAACGAUGCUCGCUUCCCUCGCUUCCCUCGCGGUCCUCGCCCUCGCGGUCCCGGCCCAAGCAUUUAUCGAGUGCAACGUGCUGAACUACGGCGCGGUUGCGGACAACAAGACGGAUAUUGGCCCUGCCUUGAGUGCGACGUGGACACAGUGCGUUAUUCCGAACGUGAAAACCACCGUCGCCACCGACGUUCUGCUUUACGUGCCGGCCGGAAACUUCCUGCUGGCGUCGAAUGUCCUGUUCAACCAUGCCGCGAACUGGAAUUUGCAUCUCGCGGGCAAUUUGUAUUUGCCGUACGACCCCAACCUCGGCGGAACCAUGCUCCAGUGGCAGAACUGCAACAACAUCCUCGUCAACGGACCGGGCUCGAUCUACGGGAAUGGAUUGCGAUACCGCCCGAACAACGACCUGACCCUCCACCCCGGUCGUCCUCGGCUCCUGCGGUUCCAGAGCUGCAACAAUGUCGAGCUUACCCAGAUCACGCUGUUCGACUCUCCCCAGUUCCAUGUGACCAUUAUCGGCGACAACAAUCUUGUCCAUAACAUGGCCAUCCGAGCAACCGUUGUCGGUGAAACGGAUGGAUAUGAUAUCAGCGGAAACAACAAUUACGUGCACGACGUCAGCGUCCAGAACGGUGAUGAGUGUGUCACUGUCAAAACGCCAACCAACGGUUUCCGCGCGGAGAACAUUCAAUGCAUCAACACCGCUGGGUGCAACAUCGGCUCGUUCGGCGGCGGAGACACUACCGUCAAUGUUCAAAAUGUCGUAUACACGAACGUGACGGUAUCCAACUCGGACGCCGGCAUCAUGAUCAAAUCUUACCCGGACAACAUUGGGAUCGUCAAGAACAUCACCUACAACCACUUCACCUUCAGCAAGGCUGCAUACCCGCUGUACAUCAGCGCCUUCUGGGCCGGCAACGGCGUGGACACAGGCAAGCUCCAGAUUUCGGACGUCACCUUCAACGGAGUCACGGGAACUGGCACACCCACUCGCCCUGCAGUCUUGCUCAACUGCAACAAGGCCACCCCCUGCAAGAACAUUGUGUUCAAAGGCGUUUCGCUUUCGGGGACCAAAGCCAACAGCUAUACCAACGCUUGCGGGUCGGGUCUUUCUGGAUUGCCGGGUUGCUAGAUGUAAAGAGUGGCGGCUUACCGGCCUGCUCAUCAAUGUAUUUGUCUUGGAAUUGCUUCGAAUCGCAGCUGGAACGUCAAGUAUGCCGUGCGUGUUGAGAAAAAAUGAAUGCAUGCCGGUCGGGAAAGCGGAUCUGAAUUAUCCGGGCUGCGGCUUCGGUGGGUUCAGGUGAUGGGAAUCUUGGGGGAACUGUGGCCCCGCAUGCCAAGCGGCUAAGCGAAAUCACGGGCUGAUGAAUCAUCAUGAUGUGGAGUUCCGGCCGGCUUGCUUUAUGCUGCAUCAAACACUGCAAGGUACAGCACACCUCGUGCCAGGGCUCAUGGCCAGUUUGCGUGGAUUAGCUCGGACGUAGGGACACUCGGAACCGCAGCCCGAGCAUGAGCCAGUCAUCUCCGCGCAUCUCGCGCUCCCACGUCAGCCAGCGAACGAAUCAGACGGGACCAAUUGACGCAAUCAGCGAAUCUGAUCUCAUCCCAGAAAGGGAAUCGGGCUGGCGCAUGCCAGCGAUAGGGAUCAUCAACCAAUCAGAUGUGAUCGAUAGCAGAGUUCUUCGUGUUCUGGACCGGUCCAUGGCGCUGACGGCCAUGCGGACGCGAAGAUACUUUGGCGCUUCGCUCGCUCGUUUUGAGCGGGCUCACGGAGUUUAGCACUCUCAAGGACAGAGAGCGUGAGUAAAUGAAGCCAAAUUGAGCACGCAUCAGCAGGUCACUGCAGGCUCAAAUGCCGUGAUGGCCAGGACCCGUGUGUGGAGAUUCUCCGCUUACUCUCCGCGACUCCCGCUGCGAUAAGAACGUGCGUGCGCGUCGCCCGGUGAUGGCCGCCGAUCCGAGGACCUCGAUGGGAACUAUUUCCCUGAUGGGGAUCACGAUGGACCCAGAACAACGGUACGAGCCAGCUCAUCACAACACGUGCAGGCUUCAAAAACCGGCGCCCGAAAAUUUUCUCUGCCUCUCUCCUUUGAUUCAUCAUCAUCAGAUCUCACAUCAUGGAUCAGCAACCACAGCGAAGCCCGGAGAUCGAGGACGAGCAAGUGCGAACGCGAUCGCCACCAACGUCCGAUACGCGCAGCAACAUCGAUCCCGCCGCGUACAACAACUUCAAGGGCGAAACCACCAGUGCCACGCCAAACGAAGACAAAGAAGACGUGAAGAUGUCCACCGCAGCUGCCCCUCCUCCCACUGCGGCCUCUGCCCAGCCCCAGCCCGCGUACGCAUACGCGCCGCCUCCCACGACCGUGCCUGCGAAACAUCGUCGAUCGCCGCACGAGCGUCCAGCCUCAGGUCAAGGCCGGACACCCCCACCAGCAGCAGCUCCAGCCCCUGCUGCCUCAGCCGCAGGCCCAGGGUCCCCUGCGCCCGGCGCUGACCGCUCCGCAGCACCCACCCCUCCUGUACCGGGCCGUCGCACGCCCCCACCGCCCUCAGCGGCCCCGGCACCGCCGCCGCCCCACCACUACCCUGCUUACGAGCUGCCGCGGGGGUACCCUCAGGGCUACAUGUACGCGCCGCCGCCGCCGCCUGGUUACCACCAUCCCCCGCCCCACCCGGACGACCCGCGGUAUGCAGCGCACGGGCACCCCGGGUACGCGCCGCCGCCACCGCCCCCGUUCAUGCACCACCCCGGCUACGUGCCGUACCCCAUGAUGACGGCGAUGCCGCCGCCAGGUGCGCCUGGUGGACCGCCAGCGAAUGCUCCUCCUGGCCCACCGGGGAGUGCUGCUGUGCAGAUUGUGCACACGGACGACGCGGCGACGAAGUUGAGCGACCGCGUUCGGAGACGGUGCUUCAAUUGCUGCACGACGGAUACAAGCACAUGGAGAAGAAGCAACCUGAAUCCGGGCAAAGUGUUGUGCAACAAAUGCGGCUUGUUCGAGCGUACUCAUUCCCGGCCUCGUCCUGAGCAAUUCCCUCACAAACGAGGCCCGCUCGCUUCGACGACUCUUCGCGCUCGGACGCCUCCUCCCGGGGCUCCCUAUGCUCCAGUGACCUAUGCUCAGGGACCCCCUGGAUCGAUCUCAGCUCCGCCCGGAGGGCACUAUCCAGCUCCGAUGUACACGUCAACAUCGGCUACCCCAACCCAGGCUCCGCCGCCGCCUCCUGCUCCUGCAGCCGAAUCUGCCCCUGCUCCCCCAGAACCGGUCAAAGCGGCGCCAGCGGGCGAGCCGAAGCCGGCGGCCGAGGGUGAUGACGAGGAUGCCGAGGGCGACGGAGAAUAACAGUGCUUACUAGCCAUGCAUAAAUUGUUUCUAUAGCGUGUGUCUCUUUGUAUCUUGUCUUGUUAUCGUUGAUAUGCCUCGCUGUCUGGUCUGUCCUUGCCUUGUAGUACUUUACGUACAUAAGAUUCAAUCUGUGGCUCUCUCUAGAUGUUUUGAUCCCGGUGGCUAUUUGGGGUAACCCUCCGGCCCGGCCUAGAUCCGGAAUACCGACAACGCGUGCAAAUCGACACAUCUGACCUGCCUU